GUCACUGUGAAAGAUAUCGACGACUUCGAGACCACCUACAAAGGUUCCGAAGAAGAGCUGGCGGACAUCAAAGCGGCCUACGUGGAUUUCGAGGGUGACAUGGACAAAAUAAUGGAGUCCGUGUUGUGCGCGAGCUACGUGGAUGAACCGAGAAUACGGGGGAUCCUGCAAAAAGCCAUCGACGCUGGAGAAGUCCCGCCCUACAAAAGCUUCGUGAGAGAGUCCAAGCAGAAAAUGAUGGCACGAAAAAGGCGGGCAGAAAAAGAAGCUAAAGAGGUAGAAAAGAGUAAAGAAGAACUGGGCCUUGAUGGAGAAGAGGACUUGAAAGCGCUGAUUCAACGCAGAAAUCAAGAUCGAAAAAAGGAAAUGGAUGACUUCUUUGCCCAGCUGGAAGCAAAAUACGGGAGUAAGGCUAAAAAAGGAGGAAAGAAGACCGCAGCCGAGAAAGGAAAGAAAUAA